UCACUGGCCGCGGCACACACACAACAAGCAAGCAGCUUCUCUCUUUCUCUCUCGUUGUUUUGCUGCUAAAAAGCUCGUGAUCACUAGUGUCGAGCUACCAGUCAGCCGUGCCAGUUUCGUCCAGCCAGUAGCUCAUCUCCGUCCCGAGCUGCACUUUGAUCCUCAUCGUCAUCUUCCUCAACACUCGCGGGGGAAAGAAAAGAAAAGAAAAAAUAGAAAUUCAGAAGAGAGAAACCAACAACCAGGAAAAGAGUAUCAUUUUUCAAUCGUAUCAUCGUCGUGUGUUCAAUACAAGCCGAGAAGAAAAGAAAAGAAAAAGGAGGUUAUUAGAACACCUGGAAGAAGAGAAAAUACAACGUCGUCAUCUAGACUCCAACUACACUGGGCUGUCGUCGCACUGCUAUACAACUGCUGCCGAGAGAGAAGAAGAAGAAGAUCGAGCUCAUUCGACUCCUAUUAGUGGCUAUUUCGACGCCGGGCGCCGCUGACGUCGUUUCGUGACUCUCUCUCUCUCUCUCUCCUUGGUAUCAUACCUUUCUCUCUACCCCCCUCCUACCCAAUUUGCUUUUUCUUUCUUUUUUUUCCUCCCCCCAACCACCCUGACUCUCUCUCGUUUUCUUUUUUGGUCCUCCUACUUUUUGCCCACCUCAGCUUCUUCCAUAUUAUUUUCUUUUCCUCCAGCCUGGUGGAAGAAGGUGUGACGAAAAACCGUUUUCCAAUCUCCUACCCCCUCCCACCCACCCACCCCCUUUUUUUUCUCUUUUUCCACCCCCGAAGAGACGGAAGCGACAAGAGGGAAAUAUGAGCGGCGAACGCGGACUAGGUGCCUCUCAGUUUGGAACUGGCAGUAGCAGCGCCGCCAACAAUAAUAACAACAACGGAAGCGCCAACAACAACUACCAGCAGCAGUCCAAGCAGCAGCAGUUCACCAGCUACAAUCACUCGUGCUGCUCAUCCUCCGGUUAUCCGGACGUCGGUCGCGUACAGGUAACGGCCAAAAUUUUGUUCGGCUCCGUGGCGGCCAUUCAGUCAGUUAACGCCGAGAAAUGUCGCAAAAAAUAGCCGCGUCUUCCCAAAGCAGGACGACGUCGUACUUUCUCCCUUGUCUCCCGAUGUCGACCUGGCUAUGUCUGGUGGUUGGUCUCGCCGGCUUGUGGCCAUUUUUCGGCUGCUGCUGGACGCUGGCCGACGCUUCCAAUCACCAGGAACUGGACCCCCCGCCUGCCCAACGACUCGCUGCCGCAACUUUGUUGCAGCAACAACAACAACAACCACCGCUAACUGCUAUGCUCACCCUCAUCCGCGAACACCAGAAAAGCGAGCGCGAUCCCAACGACCUCAGUCCCGAACAGAUCCAGCUGAUUGAACACAUAUUCGGCGCCGGACUCAACGCCUCCGAUUACCUGAUCAACGACCUGGAACCCCGACUCUACAAAGAAGGGCACAUCAUUAAGAAGGAUGAUCCGGCUGCCGGUGUUGCCGCUUUCAACUAUCAAGACUCGAUCACGAAAGAAUAUGCCCGCUACGGUUUCGCUACCAUCAAGGCUUACGCUUUGCUCCGUGAAAAAUUUACAAUCAGUCAACGGAACCGUUUCGGCGAAGAAGGGCGGAUCUCUUUGCGCAACACGGAUUUCUACGCCGAGUGCCCGCUGAGGGCCGAGACCAUCGUGUGCCCGCCCUUUAGCGCCCUGUACCGGACGGGCGACGGGACGUGCAACAACGCCGAGCACCCAGAGUGGGGCGCUUCUUUCCGCCCGUUCCAGCGCUUCCUGCCGGCCGAAUACGGCGACGGAGUCGAAGCCUUCCGCCGGUCCGUCCAAGGCGGAGCUCUGCCGACUGCCCGCACCGUCAGCGCUCUAGUCCACCGUCACCGCAACAUCACCACCAGCCAGUUCACCACCAUGGUCAUGCAGUGGGGACAAUUCCUCGAUCACGACCUCACAUCUUCUUCGCAGACCAGAGGAUUCAACGGCAGCAUCCCCGAGUGUUGCCAGAAGGACGGACAGGGUCAAGCCGAUAAAGAAAACCGGCAUCCGGAUUGUAUGCCGAUUGAGGUGUCAUCCGACGACGCCUUCUACAGCAAGUACAACGUGACUUGUUUGAAUUUCGUCCGCUCCAGUCCGUCGCCGUCGGAGGGCUGCCUCUUGGGCCCCCGUGAACAAAUUAACCAAAUCACUUCGUACCUCGACGCUUCCAACGUUUACGGAAGCACCGACAAGUACCUCAGUUCCCUUCGCCUUUACAGCAGAGGAAUGUUGAAGUGCCGUGACAUGAUGUUCCGCAAGGCUUUGCUGCCCGUUCUGGAAAAGCCUUUAAACGACGAAUGCCGCUCCCACUCGCCCAACAUGCAUUGUUUCAAGGGAGGCGACAGCCGGACCAACGAACAACCAGGUUUGUCUUCCAUGCACACGGCCUGGAUGCGCGAACACAAUCGACUGGUCAGGAAACUGGCCGAGUUGAAUCCCCACUGGAACGACGAGCGUCUCUUUCACGAGGCUCGCAAGAUUGUCGGAGCCCAGAUGCAGCACAUCUCUUACAACGAGUUUCUUCCGAUCGUUCUCGGCGAGCGAGUCAUUGAAGUUUUCGAUCUGAGGCUCAAACGUCGUGGAUUCUUUUACGGCUACAACAUCAGCAUCAAUCCGAUGGCCGCCAAUUCGUUCGGGACGGCCGCUUUCCGCUUCGGUCAUUCCCUCAUCCCGAAAAACCUGAACCGAUGCAACCGUUUCCACCAGCUACUGCCGUACAGAACGCUACUGCGGAAGGAAUUGAUGGAUCCGACGCCCAUCCAUAACAUUGGCGCCGUUGACCGCAUUUUGCUGGGCAUGUGCUCUCAACCGGCAAUGAGGCGGGACGAGUACAUUGUCGACGAGUUGACCAACCAUCUGUUCCAGACUAGCAAAAAGCCGUUCGGGAUGGAUUUAAUGGCACUCAACAUCCAACGAGCACGCGACCACGGCAUCCCGCCGUACGUCGUUUGGCGUGAAGCCUGCGGUUUGACUCCGAUUCACAACUGGGGCCAACUUCUUUCCAUCAUGGAUGACGACACUGUCGGCCGACUUCGCAUCGCCUACAAGAACCUCGAAGAUAUCGACCUCUUUCCUGGCGCUAUGGCCGAGAAACCUGUUAUUGGCGGCAUGGUUGGCCCCGUAUUCGCCUGCAUAAUAGCCCAGCAGUUUUCCAAUCUCCGUCUCGGAGAUCGAUUUUGGUACGAGAACGGGGACGUGCCCAACGCUUUCACCGAGAGCCAAUUGAGAGAACUGCGCCGCUCCAGUUUGGCCCGUAUCAUUUGCGACAAUUUGGACGAUGCGGAAACGGUUCAACCUUGGGUCAUGCUCCAACCAGAUUCUGACACAAAUCCCCGAGUUUCGUGUCGUGGAGGACUCAUUCUCCAGAUGGAUUUGAGGGCGUGGAAGGAAACGGAGGCGAAGGCGACCUCUUUCCACUCGAACCUUUCACCUGAAGGUGAAUUUUCUACAAAUUCCCUCAAAGCCAGCAACAACCUCGUUUACCAACACACGGACGACUACGAAAGUGAAGCGGGAUCGCCGUCCAAAGGAAAAGGAUCGGGAUCUAUGCCCCUCCUGCAGCCUGAGGACGACUGGGUGGAGGAACUGCCUCGACCUAUCCCGAUGUCAUUGACUCGAACACAAAUUAAUGCGGAGGAGAAAGAGGAUAAUGAGUAAUCAACCAACCUGGACCUGCAGGAUAUCUAACCUAAACUCUACAGAUUUUUUUUUAUCGUUGAUGGUUUUAUACAUAGUGCUGCGGUGUUUUUUUUUAAUAAUUCGUGUCAAGUUGCUGUCUAACAAAGAAUGUAUUUAAAACGCCCUAUCGCAUGGCUAUUCUCUGUUUAAAAAAUACGUCGUAAAUAUUUGAUCUAUUGACUGUCGCCUUUUCCACUAUGAUGGUCAGCAGGCUUUAGGUCGGACACAAUAUUCGCCUUUGUUUGAUUUCCUUUUUUUGUUGCAACGCUAUGAAUAUUUAUUUAAUUUUAUACUAUUUACUACUUGUCCAGCUUUGUGUCAAAGGAUAUUUGUGGGGGAAAUCGUACGAUGUACAGGACAACGAUUCCAACUACGAUUUUUCAAUUUGGAUUUUGUACUUUAUAUACUUUUUGUUAACUAACAUAUAAUAUUCCACAUACAGUUCUCGUUUCUUCAUCAA